AACUGUAACUUCCAAAAGCAGAAAACUUUAACAUCUGGUAGUUUAGUUUCCUUUUUUGUAAAUAUUUUGAAUUGCAAAGAUUAAUAUUUUCCAUCUAUUAAUUGUAUUUUCAAGCAUGAUUAGCGACUUCAAACUUUUUUUUCCGCAUAUUGGUUGUCAUUAUAUUUAAAUCUAUGUGUGGAUCCAGAUAGUUUUGAAGUUAAUUGUGAAUUGUCUAAAUGGAAUUAGCUCGAGCUGUUUUUGGAAAAUCCCCUGAAGGAUACAGUGGCAGAAACACUGCAGUGGAAACAUUAUCAGAAGACGAAGAUGAUCCAUAUGGGGAUGACAUCAGUGAAGCAAUCAGUAUUCGUGCCAACUUGUUUGGUUCUCCUUCCAGUGGUCAAGGCUAUUCUCCUGCACCUGGGGGACCUUUCUCUGCUUUGACUCCUUCUAUGUGGCCACAAGAUUUAUUAGCAACUUUAGCUCAGCCUGAAGAUUCUGAAUGCCACCCUGAUUAUCGUUUUGAUGAGUUUGGAUUUCGUGUAGAUGAAGAAGAUGGUCCUGAACAAAAUUCUAGUAAACUUUUGAGUAUUCCUUUUGUUGAAGAUCCUCAACAUCGUCUUCAGUGGAUUGCCUAUUUAGAAUUCACUCAUAAUAAUGAAGUGGGAGAUCUGACUUGGGAUAAAGUGGAGGCUUACUUAUCACGUUCAGACAAACUUGGUGCGAUGAUUCGUCAGGGGAUUCCACACUCACUGAGGCCUCAGCUAUGGUUGAGAUUGUCUGGAGCGAUGAAAAAGAAAACUUCAUGCAAUUUAACUUAUAAAGAUGUUGUGAAAGCAAGUUCAAAUGAUCAUGUGAUGACAUCAAAGCAAAUAGAAAAAGAUCUUUUGAGAACCCUUCCGAGCAAUGCAUGCUUUUCUCAUAUGAAUAGUACUGGAAUUCCUCGUUUACGAAGAAUUUUAAGGGGACUCGCUUGGCUUUACCCGGAUAUCGGCUAUUGUCAAGGAACUGGUGUGAUUGCUGCAUUAUUAUUGCUGUUUUUAGAAGAAGAAGAGGCCUUUUGGCUAAUGUGUACUAUUGUAGAAGAUUUAUUACCAGCUUCUUAUUAUUCUAGUACUCUGAUUGGAGUUCAAGCAGAUCAACGUGUAUUAGUCACUUUAAUUUCAUGUAUACUUCCAGACUUAGACCUUGUUCUCAAAGAACAUGAUAUAGAACUCUCUUUGAUUACCCUCCAUUGGUCCCUCACACUGUUUGCUAGCGUUGUCCACACAAAAAUUCUUUUAAGAAUCUGGGAUUUGUUUUUCUACGAAGGCUCUAUUGUUCUUUUUCAAGUUACGUUAGGAAUGUUAAAAAUCAAAGAAUGUGAUCUCAGAACAUUAGAAAAUUCUGCUCAAAUAUUCAAUGCUCUGUCCGACAUACCUGGUGAAAUUGAAGAUGUUGACAAGCUCUUUGAGGUAUCAUUUGACCUUGCAGGCUCCUUGACUGACAUGACGCUUGAAACUCAUAGACGAAAACACCUAGCAUAUUUAAUGGCUGAUCAAGGUGCCCUGCUUAAUCCUGAAAAUGCGAGGAAUCUUCCAAAACAGCAUCUUAAUCGGAGGCAAUUGAAACGGUCAAAAUCUAUGCUACAACUAAUAAUCUUUGGUGAUGGUGAAACAGAAGAAGAUAUUCGAAGUAAAAAUGUUCGACAGACGGAAAUUCUGGUGGAUUUAAGAGAAGCUAUUUUGCAAGUAGCUCGUCAUUUUCAAUCUGUAGAUCCUAAGAUUAAAGUGAAUCUUACUGCUGAUUACAGUAUGGACGGCCAUGCUAGAGAUCAAGAAAUAUUUGCCAAUGUUGCUCGAAAUAGAAGAAGGCGUGCUAAGGCUUGUCUUGACUUUGAAAGACAUGAUGAUGAUGAAUUAGGUUUUAGAAAAAAUGAUAUUAUAACUAUUAUUAGUCAAAAAGAUGAGCACUGCUGGAUAGGAGAAUUAAACGGGCUCAGAGGCUGGUUUCCUGCAAAAUUUGUAGAACUUCUGGAUGAAAGAAGCAAGCAGUAUUCUAGUGCAGGAGAUGAUUCUGUGACAGAAGUGAUAACAGAUUUAGCACGUGGAACUCUUUGUCCAGGUUUAAAAGCCGUCUUAGAACAUGGUAUGAAAAAAUCCUCUAUACUUGGUGGACCUUGCCAUCCAUGGUUAUUUAUUGAAGAGGUUGCAAAUAAAGAAGUAGAAAAAGAUUUCAAUUCUGUAUAUUCCAGAUUAGUACUUUGCAAAACUUUUAGGCUUGACGAGGAUGGCAAGGUUCUAACUCCUGAAGAAAUAUUAUAUAGAUCUGUUCAAGCUAUAAAUUUAUCUCAUGAUGCUGCGAAUUGUCAAAUGGAUGUUAAGCUUCGUUCCCUUGUGUGCAUAGGCCUUAAUGAGCAAGUUCUUCAUUUAUGGUUUGAAGUUCUUUGUUCCUGUAUCCCUGUUGUCCAAAAAUGGUAUCAUCCUUGGUCUUUCAUUAAUAGUCCUGGUUGGGUGCAAAUUAAAUGUGAACUCAGACUAUUAGCACAGUUUGCUUUUAAUUUGAAUCCUGAAUGGGAGUUGCCAAUGAAGAAGGAACCAUCUCAGCCACUUAAAGAGGGUGUUAGAGAUAUGUUAGUGAAACAUCACCUCUUCUCAUGGGACUUGUGACAGUGAUUCUGAAAAUCCCACCAUAAAAUGCCAAAGUACUAUAAUGUCUUUUCUCAUAAAUAAUGAAAGAAAAAUUACAUUUUAUUCAUGCCUGCUAUUAUUUUAUUUUCAUAAAAUGUUUUACAAUAUUGAUUUACCCCAACUCUCUUGUGAAGUUAACUUUUAAUGAACUUUGUGCUCAUAAUGUAUUAAUAUUCGUUUAUCAAGUAAAUUAUACAUCAGUUAUCAUUUAUUUUUAUGAAUUGACAAAAAUUUGCAGAAUUUUUAUGUUAAAAAUUUGUUUUUUUUUCCUUCACAUAGUAUAUUUUAAAGACUGAAAUCAUUCUCUAAUGUCUCUUAAUCAGGACUACUAAUCAUUAAUGGAUUUAUGCAAUUUUUAAAUAUGCAAAAUAGAUUAACAUCUCAUAAAUAAGUUAGUUGAUAUAAUAAAUAGUUUUCUAAGCUACUCCUGCCAGUAAGCUUUGCUUCUGAAUUAUUUUGAAACUUUUAAAACUUGACAAUUGCACAAUUUACAUGAAAAUUUUAAAAUAUUGAGUUUUUAAAUUUAAUUUUCUCAUUGUGUUUUAGUCUGUUGAUUGUUCUGUUACAUAUAAUUUGCAAUAUUAUUUAAGAUAAUAGGGAUCUCAAUUGCAUCCUUUAACUUUUUUUUUUAUUGCUUAUCACAUAAGCAUGACAUGGCAGAUUUGUCACUUUGUUAUUAUAUUUUAAAUAUUUUUUCUCAAGAUAGACUGACAAGACUCAACUCAAUAUUUUUAUGUUUGUCACAGUAUGAAUUUAUAUUUGCAGCAAUUUAAAUUAAUUAAUAAGGUAAAAUUUUUUUUUUUUACUAUUGGCAUACAAUGACCAACGUCACAUCUCACUUUUUCACAAUGUUCUUCCUUGUUAAAACCAGUUUUGGGGGGAGAUAGCUGGUUUUUCUAAAUAGAGUCAGCUUUUUAGUGGGAAUAGUAGAACUUAUGCUUUUUUCAGAAGUUGCUUAUGCUUCUUUCAGCGAGAAGUUGUGCUUUUUGCAUUGUUUACCCUAUCACCCAAAAUAAUAAAAUUCAUAAACAUGCUGUAAGAAUAACAAUAUCAUACCAAGCAAACAAAUGAUAUUACAUCACACUAGUGAAAAAAAGUGAUAAAAAUAAGUAAUAAAACUGCAAUAUUCAAGAAAAUACUUAUGCAAAAAGCCGCAUGUGCUAAGAAAAUUCUAAAACAUAUAAUGGAUAAAAUAUUUGAUGCAUGAAUUGGUUAUAUUUUUUGUAUUCAUAUUUUGCGCAUUUUAUUUCAAAACAUAAAGAAAUUAUUUCUGUAAAUCCACCUGAUUCAUUAGACUCAGGUUGAGUUAGAGGUUUGAGAAUGUCAUUUUAAUUUUUGACUUAUUUAGUUGCAACCAAAUAAUUUUUCUAAGCUAAUUAUACUUUACAAUUAUCAAAUUGAGAAAGUUGUUUAAGGAUUUCUUUAUUUAAAUUUACUUAUGGAUUUUAUUAUUUUCUGUCUAGUGCAGAUUGUAAAUAUACAUUACAGACUGCAUACUGAACAGAUCUGUACCACAUAUUUCUACUUAUAUGGUACAAAUUUUAAAAGCUUAAUUUCUGUGAUAGUUAUCAUGAAUUGAAACAGUUUUGAGCUGAUAUAAUAUAUAUGUAUCAUAAUUUCUAAUUAAAUUAGUUCACCAUUUAAAUGAUGUUCCUCGGUGAUUUUUCAAGAAACCGAUUUGCUUAUGUUUCAAUAAACUGGAUGUACUUUAGCUUGAAUAAUAUUUUUCUAAUAAUUAAGUUGAAUUGUUUUUUCUUUUUAUUUACUUAAAAAAUUAAUUUACUUAAAAAUUAGUUAUAUCUAAAAUUUUAAUUUAUAUUAAUAUUAAUCAUAAAUUCAAGUCUUUUGAGAUUUCUAAACAAAUGAUAUUAUGGAAUUUUUAGUCUCUUUGUAAUCAACCUAAAUAUUUUUGUAGAAUGUUCUAGUUUUAUAAAUAGGAGACAAAAAGUUAAAUAAUAAUUGUAAUCAGUAGACUGGAACAUAAUACUAAAAAAAUAAAUUUAAAAAAAUAAUACUAAAUCUAAGAAUAAUUUUCAUUUGUUUUCUAUUUUUAUCUAAGAAAUUUAUUAGUUUCUAUAAAUAAUUAUUUUAAAUACAACUACCUAGAAUGCUCAUAUGCUGCUCUUAUUGUGCCCUUAAUGUAUAAAAGUGUUAUCACUGCUUGUAUAUAGCUAUGUUUUAACACUUAGCUUUCAUUGCACUUCCAAUUAAGUGUUAUCUCUUCUCUAAAUUAUUUACAAUAAAUAUUUUAACUUCUACACCAUUUAUCGUUUAAAUUAAAAAUAAAAUUGUAUUGAUGCAUGCAUUUUUUUAUAUCAGAACUCCAAUUAUCUGACACCCUCAGAACCAGGAGUAUGUCAGAAAAUGAAAUUUUUCGCUUAUUUGGAAAAAGUGCCUUUUUAAUUUAUUUUGAAGUAUACUACCCUUAAACAUUGAGUAAAAUGACUAAAAUAAGUAAGGAAUGAAAUAUUAAAAUUUAAAAAAAAAACAUUUACUUGUGUUUCAUUUUCUAUCAAAAAUAACAAUGCAUUAUCAUUAAAUUGUUUUCUGUUUGAGUGUUGUUUUAGAACUACUAAUUAAUUAAAAGUAAAAAUCGACAGUUAAUUGGGAAAGGUGCCUUUCCAAGUUGAUUUUAAAGUGUAUUAACCUAUAUGUAAGAAAAACCACUCAAAAUAUGUAAGGAAGGAAAUUUGAAAAAUUAAAAAAAAAACACUUGUUUAAUUUUCUGUCUUAAAUUAUGAUACAUUAUCAUGAAAUUAUUUGCUGUUUGAGUGUUUUAUACAUGACAGAUUUCAAGUUUCACAUCUCUACAAAAAUUGGGUUACAUCAUCAUGAUUAAACAUGGUAAUUAAUAAAGAAAUCUGUAUCAGAAUGCCUUUAACCCCGUUGGAAGGGGUAUAUGGACAGUGGUCGCAUAAUUGGGGUUCUACCAUAUUUCUGUGAGUUUUCAGUUUGAAUAAAAUUUUUAUCAUUAUUGUUUAAGAAAUAUUUAAUAAUAUUUUAUUAUUCUAGUCAGUGUUUGCACAUUUUGUGUAUAGGUAUUUAGCUUUGAUUUUUGUUAUAAGGAUAUUAAAAUGUCUUUCAGAAUGGAUGUAAAACAUUUUCUGUACAUUCCAUUUUAUUUUAUUUGAGUUAUAUUCCUAAAGAGAGUGAACUUUUAAGUAAGCGUAUUUAUUUUUGUUAAUAUUAUUAUUAUUAUUUGCUGACUUUUACUGAUUUUUUGUUUGUAUGCUUCUUGUUGUUUUUAUACUUUAUUUCUAAAUUAUAGAUUUCUUCUAUUUUUCACACCUCAAAUCAUUGUUUUAGUUUUAAAUGAACUUUUAAAAUUAAUGCAUAAAUAAUGAAAUAUUUGUUAUCUACAAAUAUAAGCGGAGUUAUAAUGUACUUAAAAAUUAUUUUUCCUUAAAUAUUUGAGCUUAGAAAUGUUUCAAUGUGGAACUCAAAGAGUUGUUUGAAUAUGGAAUAGUGAGAUACAUUAUUAUUUGAUGUUUGGAUACUAUUAUAUAUGUUACUAUUUCCUAUGUUUAUUGUCUUUAAAUGAUACUCUCUAUUAAAUAUUUACAAAAAUAAAAUUAUCCCACUUAACACAAUUAUUACUAUUAUGCUUAAAUGUUUUCAUGAUUUUUUUUAAUAUAUCUGAAAUGUUUACAUUUUGAAAACUAACACAUAAACUCUAAGGCAUGUUCUUUAUUUCAUUUUUUAAACUAUAACUUUAGACAUAAAGAUGUUAUUUCAUAAACACUUUAAGAUUGUGAUUAGUGAAAGUGUAAUGUUUGCAUCACUGAUAAGAAUUAUUAAUUUUGGAAUAUUUUUACAAAAAACGUAUUUUUCAUAUUUCAUUAAAUAAAAUACAGAUUUGUUUGAAUUACUUUUUAUUAUUGUCUUACAUUAAAAGAGAGUUUUUAGUAUCUUCAUAAUAAUGAAUACUUCAUUUAUAUUAUUAAAGUCUUGAGCGGAAUAAAGCAACUAGAUUUUAAAUUAGGUAUUUUAUUUAUUUAUUUUUUUAAAAAAUAAAUAUAUAAAUUAAAUUUUCUCUUUUGUAGUAUUCCUUUUAUCAAUCAUUUGCUUGAAUAAAAUAACUAAAUUUACAUAAAAAUAACAUAAUAUAAAUAAGAUGCAUUGUUUUUACAAACUAUGUACUUGGAAAACAUUAUUAUGGAGGAAUUAUUGUUUAUUUUUUUAAGUUAUGUUUUUAAUUGCUUAAGAUUUCUGAAAAUAAAUUUGUUUACCUUUUCUUCGGGUAUUUAAUGUUUUUUUUUUCCUUUUCUCUAAUUUUUAAAUAAUCUGAAAUAAAAUUCUUUUAUUCAGACUUUUUUUUUUUCAAAUAUUUAUAUUAAAAGCUAUACACUAUAUUUUGCUCAAGACUGUUUUUUUAUUAAGUAAAAAUAUUUAAAAAUUCAGUUUGUGAAAUAUAAUUAUAUACUUAUAAUAGUAGCUUAUUUUAUCUUCUACUGCUAGUUUUGAAUAGAAAAUAUCAAAGUUUUAUCUUUACUUUUUCAUUUAAACUUGAAUAUGCAAUUAUGAUAAAUUUAGGCAUGAUAAAUUGUAAUUAACAUUGUUUCUUUUAUACUCUAAAGUUAGGUGACUGUAAUACCUGUAUAAGUAUGUCAUAAAUAUUUAAGUAAACUUAUUCUGUAUUUUUAUUAUGUUUGUUUAAUUUUAAUUUUUUUUAACGUUUUUAAAUGUUGUGUUAUGAAAAGAAAGAAAUUUAAUAUUUUAUUUAAAAGUUUUAUAAAUCUUAUGAUAUUUAUAUAUGAUUGAUUAAAAAAUAAAUACUAAUAUAUUUUAUUUAUGAAAAUUACUUUUAUUAUUUAUUUAAUGCAAUAAAUUAAUUCUCAUAUAAUGUCUGAUUGGGGUGGGCAAAUUACUUCUUAGUUAGUGAAAAGUAUUUUAUAAGUAUUAUUAGAUGGUGUGAUUGUGCAGAAUAGCCGAGGGUGCUUUUGAAUAUUCUGAUUCUUUUUAGUAAAUUACUAACUUUAUUUUAAUUAAUAUACUGAAUAUAAAUUAUUAUUGAUAUUGUGCUAUAGCUUGAAAUUUUGACAGUGUCAUAUAGAAGGUGAUCAUAAACUUUCAUCUGUCUAGAACUUAUUUACUAGAAAAUUAUUAGAAUAAAUAUGACCUAAUAUCACUGCAGGAAACAAAAUGUGAGUGUAAGAAAAAUUUAUAAUGUUUUUUGGAA